CUGGAUCGAUUUGCCGGCGCUUGCUGAAAACAACAAUUAGGCAAGAAAUAAUACUUUUGCGGUGGGUUGUUAAACACACAUCUUGGAAUUUCUAGACUUCGGAUUGGAGGGUUGUUAAGCUCUUAAGUUUUCCUUGAACAUGUCCUUGCGUGCGAGGAUCAAUAAAAUUUGUGGCUUGCGAGUACUUUGGCUCGCCAAAUGCCCAAACGCAAAUCUCUGAAAACAGAAAUUCAGAAACAAACUGCCAAAUCUCCCGAAAAGAUGACAGCCUGCUUCACUCUCCUAGUCUUCAGUGACGGCGACGAUUCAUUCGGCCACUGGCACUGGGGCUCAUCUCGUCCGAUUUGCUCCCCAUCUCGCGCGACGUGUCACGCGGAAUACCACACCCCGGGCGAGCAGGCGAGGUCGCCGAGCAGAUCAGUCUCAGCGGCCGGUUGCGCCACCGGAACCGGAAGUGAGUCGCGCCCGAUGGCGGCGCUGCUGCUGAGCCGGGCGCGGUGGCUCCUGGUGGAGCACCCGGCGGUGGCGUCCUUCCGCUGGCAGCCGGGCCGCACGCUCGGCGCGACCCCGUCCUUCGCGGCCGCCGUCACCUGCGGCUACCUCGCCGCGGUGCUCGUCCUCCACCGCCUCGUCCUUCCGCGCCUCCCGCCGCUCCCGCCGCGGGCGCUGCGCUUGGCCUCCGCGGCCCACAACACGGUCCUCCUCGCGCUCUCCGCCACCAUGGCCGCCGGGUGCGCGCUGUCCACGGCCGCCGCGGCGCCGCCGCCGCGGUGGGCGUGGCCCUUCUGCUUCCCCCCGGGCGGCGCCACGGAGGCGUCGGGCCCCGUCUUCUUCUGGGCGCACGUCUUCUACCUCUCCAAGGUGUACGAGCUCGGCGACACGCUGCUCAUCCUGCUCGGCCGCCGCCCGCUCACGCUGCUCCACGUCUACCACCACGCCGUCGUCAUCGCCAUGUGCUACCUCUGGCUCGCCACGCGCCAGUCCCUGAUGCCCAUCGCGCUCGUCACCAACGCCGGCGUGCACGUCGUCAUGUACUCGUACUACCUCUGCUGCAGCGUCGGGCUGCGCUGGCCUAGGCGGCUGAAGCGCGCCGUCACGGAGCUGCAGAUCGUGCAGUUCCUCUUCAGCUUCACGGCCUCCGUGGUCAUGCUGUGGCUCCACUUCACCGCCGGCGGCUGCGAGGGGAUGGCCGGGUGGGUGUUCAACGCCGUCUUCAACGCGUCGCUGCUCGCGCUCUUCCUCGACUUCCAUGGCGCCGCCUACAAAGCCGCAAAGGGGAACAAGGGCAAAGCAGAAUGACGAGGCCAGCAGCGAAUUAGUGGCCACCAAUUACUUGUGAGAUUUUACUGUUUUUAGACUUGUUUUUUCCUAUCCAUUUCAAAAAAGGCAAAGUAAGUAGUGUAUUGGAUCAUGUAACAUUUCUGAUUUCAGUUUUGUUUUGCUUUUCCAUCCAGAACAAUCAUGUCGCAACAACCUUUAUGUGAUAAUUGGUGUAGCUGAAUUAUCCAAGUAUCUCGAA